CAACAAAUAAAUCAUGUGUAAUUGUCAAUCAGAACCUGAAAAACCAACUUUUAACGAUAGAAAAACAUCUUCACAUACACAACUCUUUAAAUAUAUUAUGGUUGGUGAUUCUGCGGUUGGUAAAAGUAACUUAUUAUUACAAUUUAUAGAUAAAAGAUUUGUUCCAAAUUCAGAUUUUACAAUUGGUGUUGAAUUUGGUUCACGUUCAUUAAAUAUAGAAAAUAAACAAAUUAAAUUACAAAUUUGGGAUACAGCAGGACAAGAAAAAUUCAGAUCGAUCACUAGGGCCUAUUAUAGAGGAGCCGCUUGUGCAAUGAUUGUGUAUGAUAUCACUAGAAGAGAAUCAUUUGAAAGUUUAGCAUCAUGGCUUUCCGAUUGUAGAAAAUUCUCAUCAUCUGAUGUCACUAUUGUUUUAAUUGGAAAUAAAGCAGAUAUGGAUACAGGUAGACAUUUAAUGUUUUUGAAACCUCUGCUAAACUGGUCAAAAUGUCGAUCUUCAGAGUUUAUUUUAAAGAAAAUAGAGCAAAACCCAAGCAUGAACCAAGAUGUUUUUUCAUAA